UAUGGCCUCCAGCCCUGUGGGGGGCAGCACUGGAGCUCAUGUCCCUCUGGGAAUCAAGACACAAGAAGAAGACAAAGACGGGGAGGCGGAGGUGGACGGACGGUAACGCAGAACCCGUGAUCAUAAUAACGGAUCUACCUCGUUAUUUGGAUUUAUUACUGAAUAUGACAAUGGAGCUUUCUUUUAACCAGUCCUACGGUAGUUUUGUGAAGAAAGAGUUGUGUUUCAGUGGAACUUGUUUUUUAAACCUGACGCACCAUCAUAUCUGUCUGAUUUAUUGCACCCACACGUUCCAGAAAUAGAAAAAAUAUAUUAAAAAACAAGUGUAACCCACACUUCUGAAGACCUCAGUCCUCAGGAUCCUAAGAGGUCAUUACAAUGUCGUCUGGCUACCCACCCCAGUCCCCUGCUGUGGCCAAGACAGAGGUCCCCUUAGAUGGAGAAUGCCCCCUCUUGGCGGCCACCUUUGCUUAUUGGGACAACAUUUUGGGUCCACGUGUGCGCCACAUCUGGGCCCCUCGGGUUGAUCAGUCUCUUUUGCUCAGUGAUGGAGAAAUCACUUUCCUGGCCAACCACACCCUGAACGGUGAGAUCCUGCGCAGCGCCGAGUGCGGCGCCGUGGACGUCAAGUUCUUUGUCCUGGCAGAGAAAGGUGUGAUCAUUGUGUCCCUGAUCUUCGACGGAGAGCUGAAGGGGGAUAAGAACACCUGUGCCCUCUCGAUCAUCCUGCCGCAGACCGAGCUGGCCUUCUACCUCCCUCUCCACGCUAUAUGCGUUGAACGGUUUCAACACGUCAUCCGCAAGGGACGCAUUUGGAUGCAAAAGGGUUACAACAUUAUCUCAGUGUUGAGCUCGGAGAUCCUUCCCAUCAUGGAGUUACUGGCCUCUAUGAAAACGCAUCGAGUGCAGGAGGAUAUAGACAUCAGAGACACGGUUUUAAAUGACGAUGAUAUCGGAGACAGCUGCCAUGAAGAUUUCCUCCACAAAGCCAUCAGUUCCCAUCUGCAGACCUGCGGCUGUUCCAUGGUUGUUGGAAGUAACCCGGAUAAAGUGAACAAGAUGGUUCGGACGCUCUGCCUCUUUCUCACGCCGUCUGAAAGGAAAUGUUCCCGCCUUUGCAAGGCGGACUCUUCCUUCAAGUACGAGACUGGCCUGUUUGUUCAGGGGCUGCUCAAGGACUCCACCGGUAGCUUUGUGCUGCCCUUCAGACAGGUGCUGUACUCGCCUUACCCGACUACACACAUCGACGUGGACAUCAACACCGUGAAGCAAAUGCCGCCGUGCCAAGAACACACAUAUAACCAGCGGCGCUAUAUGCGUUCAGAGCUCAGUGCGCUAUGGCGGGCAGUCAGUGAGGAUGACAUCGCCCCCGACAUGAUCAUUCACACCGACGAGGGUUUCACACCUGACCUAAAUAUCUUUCAAGAUGUCAUGCACAGAGAUACACUGGUGAAGUCAUUCAUUGAUGAGGUGUUCAUGUUAAAGCCCAGUCUGUCCCUGCGGAGCACCUACGUCACCCAGUUCCUGCUGCUAAUCCACAGAAAGGCUCUGACCCUUCUGAAGUACAUCGAAGAUGAGACUCAAAAAGGGAAGAAGCCGUUCCGCUCCCUGCGCAGCCUGAAGGCGGACCUGGACCUGGCAGUGGACGGAGACCUCAGCAUUGUGAUGGCGCUCGCUGAGAAGCUCCGAGCAGGACUACACUCGUUCGUGUUUGGGGUGCCCUGCUACACCAGCGCCCAGGACAGAGACGUGCACAUGAGCUUUUAAUCUUCUUGGGUUACAGAUGUCACAUCCAACAAAAACUGAGCCUAAUGUAUUUAUUGGAUUGUAAUUAAGUGACUUUAUCCGGAUUGUUCAUUAAGAUAAUCUAAUCAAUCUGUCUUAUCUACAUCUUAACUUAAAUUUGCCACAAGGAUGAAGCUUUUAUUUUUAAUUGAUCCUUUGAAAUGGGUCUACACCUAGUAUUCAAUCGUCGUGCUGUGGCAUGUUUUCAAUAACAAUU